AUGUCCUUCACCGCCCUCCUCCUCCUCCUUCUCCUCUCGCCACCGAUCAGUACCGUCACCGGCGAUCCGACGGCGUACGAGAUGAUGGAGAGCUUUGGCUUUCCGGAAGGCCUUCUUCCGAAAGGUGUGACCGGCUACGAACUAGACCCGUCCAGCGGCAAAUUCCGCGCCGAUCUGAACCGUUCCUGCAGUUUCUCCCUCGAAGGUUCGUACCAGUUGAAUUACCAGAAAACCAUCACUGGUUACAUAUCCAACGGAAGGCUCACCGAACUGCGCGGGGUAAGCGUGAAGGUCUUCUUCUUCUGGCUCAACAUCCUCGACGUCGUUCGCGUCGACGAUGACCUCGAUUUUUCCGUCGGCGUCGCUUCCGCUUCCUUCUCCCUUGAUAACUUCUUCGUCUCUCCGCAGUGCGGUUGCGGCUUGGAUUGCGAUGAUUUUCGUAUAAGGAAACUCAAGUUGGGAAAAGGAAACCCCUCCCACUCCUCUGUGUAG